CACGCCUUCCCUCCUCCAUCCAUUCGCAUUCUUCCGUUCCGCGGUUUCCCAGUUCACAGAAAGCCUUGACGACAUCUCACCUCGAACCAGGGCCCUCCCACGCGUUGGCGACAUACACAGAACAAGGGCUUUCGCAGGUAGCCAUCACGUAAACAGUAGCGAUCGGUUGCAGAAAUCUCCGAGUCCACAACGACCGCGCACCUCCGACCCUACAUCUCACUCCUCUAGAACACCCUCCUUAUAAUGACCCGGACAUCUGCAGCACCGUUGUUCCUCCUCCUCCUAUGCCUUCCCUCUUUGUCGCUACCCGCAUUAGCACUGUCCAUGCCAUCCCCCCGCAGGACCGUCGACGUUGUGUAUGAACGCAUCUGGCCACGACGUCGAACGAUCAAUGUGCCAAGAGCCGGCCCUGCAAGUGGAUACUAUCCACCCGCGAAUGCAGGAGGGUCCAUGCUUACUGUGCGUUCUGCGUUCCCUAUCUUGCGCGGCAGAUGAGUAGUUGACGGUACCUAUCCCAUAUCCCACGUAGAGCGUAGCAGGGACGUUCCCUCCAGGACAAGGCGAACCUCUCAAUAUCAUCGUAUCAGGCUCCUCCAGUCCCGAAGUGCUGGUCCACUCAUCGCUGAAUGGAGGCUUCCUGAACUUUUGGAUGGCUGUUGGCUUCGGUGGAGAAUGCUUGGGGCAGCAUAUUGGUGCUUCGCAGAUGGCAGACCUCGGUGACGGCAAUGGUCUCGUGAACGAGACGGCGGAGCUGCGCUGGGACUAUGGAGAUCCAUCACUCGGGACCUGUGAGGAGACUAUUCAGGGAGGAGACCACUUCCGUUAUUGGCAACAGAACGGAAAGUCAGCGAACAGCUCAGCAUACUUUCUUGCCUCGUCGUAUGAGAAACCUAUUGCCGAAGGCCAUGACAUUGUACCUAAUGGCUACAACGUCGGACGGGAUUGGCUCAUCGGUAACAUCACGGGCUCUCCGAUCGACACAUUUUCUCUUACCAACACUUCAACCUUCUCGGGCACCAAGUCGUAUGCUGGAUUCGUGUACUCCGUGGGGAUAUCAUACGUGUCGGGCUUGUUGUCGAACACAAGCUACGGGAUCAACCACAAUCUCUCCGUCCCCAUCAACGGUCUGAAUGCCAUAGAUGGCCUAGUAGCUGUUCUAGACAUCAAGGUUGUGACCAAGCCUGCGAACGCAACGAGUGCUGGACUGCCGAUUAUACGACCGUCCUCACUGCCGUCGCUGCUCGCUCCUCUAUUGGUGCUAGGGUUGUCUCUUUGGGCUGGACUCUUAUCCGUUGCCGUGUAAUCUUCCUCUGCGAGCCUUGCCCUGCGAUACCUCCACGUCCUACCUCAUGCUUAUCUAUCAACCAUUCGCUCUCACACACCCAUGCAUCCAUCUGCAUUCGUACUUAGACGGACUGCUCGACUGACUGCUCGACACAAUGGACCAUCCUAGCAUAGAACAAUCUACUUAUCAGCCGCGGCGUGUGUGAACUCCUGUCACAGCGUACAUCUCAGUGGCUGGACAACCCUGUUCCUGACCUUUCCAUGUCGCUUCAGAGCCUCAUCGGUACUAACUUCCAGAAUUGUGGCUGGGGCGAUGAUAGCGAUGUCGCUGUUUCGAGUUCCUCGAGACCAACAUUCUCAAUCCAAUCCAGUAGGCACCCUCGCAUCUUACCUCGUCGCUUCCGCUUUGCAGCUAUCUUCUACAUGUUUAGGAACGUGAAGCUUGAGCUUGACCCCUGGUCCCUCCUUUCCAAAGUGAAAGACAAAUAACAUCAAGUGAAAGACAAACAACUCGCCCGUAGUAUAUAAGUUUGGCAUACCCAGGCGCAUAUACUCACCAAUCCUCUCUUCCUUUCCCUCUCAUCUCGUUCAGCACACUCUUUUACCUCCACGAUCCUUACUCGCCAUGUACACACACAUCAUGCCUCUUCUUUUCGUCGCGGGCGCGCUCGCUAGUCCCAUUCACCAUGUCACACGUGACCAGGGACCUGGACCUAACGCCGUCGAAUGCAUCUACAACAAGGCCAUCAAGUUCACGACCACCGCCGAGAAUGCCGCCAAGCUUCUGGCGGGGAACCCGAACGAUCUGCCCUCGUCAGCACCUGACUUCCGCAUCUUUCUCGAGAGCUGUUGCGCGCAGGCGUCUGGCGGCCCUGCCCCUGGAGGCAGCUCGCCUCUCGCUAUGAAUGCCAACCAGCCGUCAUCUGAGCAGGCGUCUGAGCAGGCUUCUGUCUCUGCUCCGGGACCUGACCCACAGUCGAACCCGUCCAACCCAAGCUCUCAGUCGAUCGUCCCCCACGAGAAUAACCUCAACAUCAACCUCGUCCCCUCGGACCAACCUUCAGCUGAUACUGCCGAUAUUGCUUCUGCCUCUCGCUUUGGCAAGUUUGUGUCGCCGUCCCGUCUUCACGGCCCUAGCAACAUCAGCCCGUCAAGCCCUAACGCGAAGAUUGGUGCAGAGUCCCAGGAUUCCGGCGCUCAGGCGGAUGGUCAGGGGCAGGAAGGUGGGGCCAACGCUGCCGCAAACGUUGAGGAGAAUCACCCGAAGAAGUUUUCUUCCAUGCCCAACCAUCCAGUUGCAGAUGACCUUGCGUCCAUUCUCGGCGACGGCACUGCCAAAGCUGAUGUGAGCAACAACGGGCCGGGAGGGCCGGGCGAAGAGGCGACGGUCGACGGCGUCAAGAAGGGUGGCGAUGGCCAGACCUCGGCGGACGUGGCUGACAACGGCAAACCUGACUUCCCCGUUGAUCCCAGUGCGCCUUCGGGCAAGAAGGCUCAUGCACUGCUCACUCGGCCAUCGAAUGGGCAAGUCGGUGCUGCUGCCAAUGAGGACGGCGGGUCGCAGACCGGGCAGGCUGACGCUCAACUCCCCAACGGCAACAACAACGACGGCAACACUCUGCCCCUGGACCUGCAGGUCGAUGUCGGCACGGGCGACAGCAAUCGCACUGGCGGCCGCCCCUCGGCUAAGUUGCCGUUGCAGCAGCUUGACGCCGCUGCUAACAAGAUCGCUGCAGCUGAUCCGAUGUCCAAGUUGGACCCGGAAUGUGGGUGUCAGAAGUAGAGCGUAUUUUGUGAAUGUGUAGAUCUGUAAAAUAUCUUGUUCCAAACAAAUCUGGGAGCACAGUCGACUGUCAGAGGCCUUUGCAGGUGAAACCGAACAGCAGCAUUACCCCAGAUGCUGUGAAACCCAGCCGUGCAGAACUGUGACACGACCGCGACGCCACCAGAUCAGACUAGUGUCGAUAAGUAAGUAAACGUGACAAAGUCCAGUCUGACCAGUCAAGCCCAGCGACCAAUUUCACCC